AUGCCCCUGAACAGUUGUCUGCCGCAGCCGCUUAUCGAUGCCACCACGGUUGCGUGCCAACCUGGCGGGCGGCUCGCAAGUGCGCGCCGCGCCCCGGCCGCAGCGAUGUCCGGGCAGGGAGAAGUUGGCUUCGAGGAGAGAUACGCAACGGCGGGACCAUCAUCUUCGUCACGCGCGGCUGGACUGCUUCCUGACGGCGUGACCGAUCAGGAUGAGCCGCCAGCUCAUCUGCCGAGAAUAUGGCACGACCUGUUCAAGCAAGGCCAAGUGCUCACAGCGCUGUUGCUCAGCACGUCGUUCUCCGAGAAGUACCGCGGCCGCAACAUGUGGCCGGACACGCCGAACAACGUCGCGGAGAUCCGGCUGCCCGCGUUCAGCGGCAGCGGCGACGCGGCCGGCGGCGAGAAGACGUGGAAGCCCACCUUGCUGGGCAGGUGCGGGAACCGGGAGGCAGUGGCAUUCAUAUGGAGGGGCGACGACCAGGAUGACACUGGCACCUUGUACGUUGCAUUUUCGCCUUUACGAUAUAAAUCGCAGUUUGUGAAGGUUGUUGGCGCUGGGCUUGCUACUAAUGGCUUGAGCUUGAGAAGGACAGCUGCUCAAACUACGCCAGCUAAUUGGGGCGCAGCAGAUGAUACUGGGCAGGAGUUGCACAUCUCGGUGUCCACCUAUUGUUAG